AUGGAAGGGGCGGACUCACUUCCGGCUCCGCUUCCGGUGCCUCGGAUUACAAAGCGAAGGGUUUCGUUUUUGUACAGAAAGCAGUUUAGGGACCCUCUCUGGGAUCGGCACGGUGACGGUCAGGGCUCCCGGUGCCGGAGCUGGCGGUGUCCCCUCGCUGGACUCAGUGCCCGGUCCUGCCAGUCCGUGUUCCGCCCGCAGGCCAGACCAGGCGUCGCUCAGCACUUCUUGCCAGCAUGGUUCUCGGCUCUAAUAGCUAGCGAGACUGACCCGCGUUCGGGUUCAUGCUGGAGUGAAUGUGUGGUGCUGCCACUGUGGGUGAUGUCUGUCACUCCAUGUCCUCUUCCAUCUGUCCUUAGGGAGCCCGAGGUCCAUGACAGCCUAGGUUGCCACUGUGGCAACAGUAGUGAACAGCCACACAGCUUUUACCAUCAUUCCUGCUACAGCAAUGGCUCCACGUUGAAUGGAAAUGGGCCUAGCCCUCUGCCUGUGUAUGUGAGGCCUGAACCUCUAGCUGGACCUUGGGCUGUUCCAGAGUUUGCAAACCUUCAUUUGAAUAUUAAAGAAUUGAACAAGAAGUUCAGGGCAGAAAGGGAAGAACUGGACGACUCCCUCAUGAGCUGUCACUGGCGGCCUCUGGAUACCAUCCUGUCUAACAUCCCCACCCCCACUCCCCAAUAUGAAACAAGUUUUCACUAUGUCCUCCAACUGACCUAUUAA